AUGAACUAUGUUUAUUGGCGCACACAGGUCGUAUCCUAUCUCACUGGGCAACUCCUCUUUGACUAUGUCACCGGUGACAAUCGUUGCCCUCAAGACCCUAUCAAAGCCAAGGCAUGGCGUGAACAAGAUGCUUUUAUUAUGAGCCUUCUCAUCGCCUCUCUCUCUGAAGAGGUCUUUUCAUUAGCAGUUGGACGGACCACUAGCAAAGAGAUUUAUGAUGCACUCCAUACUGCAUUCAGUUCUCCGUCUACAACCAGGAUUCUGUCUCUCAACGUCUCCCUUCAAAAUUUGGUUCACAAACCAGAUGAGACCAUUACUCAGUUUCUCCAUCGAGCCAAGCAUCUCUUCAAUGAGCUAGCAGCUGCAAGGAAGCCCCUCCCAUCGAAAGACUUUAACAUCCACAUCUUCCGGGCCCUACGCACUGAAUAUCAGGCCCUUGCCUCCAUUAUGAUGGCACAAAAGGAGCCCAUCUCCUACACCGACAUGCAUGGUCUCCUUAUGAGUCACGAGAACCUUCUCCACUCAUGCCUUCCCAUUGUUGAUUCUGCCAUCGAUGCAUCAACCCAUUUCACUCACCAAGGUCGUGGCCCUCCUUCUACUAGUGGUCAUGGUAUAAGCUCUUCCCGAGGCCGUGGUCGUGGUCGUGGCAGUGCUAGUGGAUUUGGUCGCUAUAAUGCAUUCGCUCACAAUCCAUGCACAAUUUGUGGAUGCACUAAUCAUUAG